AUGACAACAGCAGUAGCAGCAGCAUCAACUUUAUCUUGUCGUUCUCGUUUCUUCGAUCUUAUGCGUGAAACUGGUGAUAAAUUAUCACCGAUUAAAGGCUAUCGACAGUUGGUACAACCUUCACUCGAAGAAGCAAUCGUUUCCAUACAAAAACACAAAGCAUUCAACAUCGAUGGUGACAUUCAAAACAAAGUUUCUUUCGCUACAAAGCAAUGCUCCCAAGAAGAUGAUCUUUAUAGUCUUACCGUAGAUGAAAGUGCAGCGAUUCAAAUUUAUACAAUAGAGUCAAAGACAGAACAAGAAAGUCUUUUUUAUGUACUGAACUCUACACUUCGUCAGGCAGAUCGUAGUGAAUUGAAACCGUUAUUACCCUAUUUAAAACUUCUAAUUGAAGGCUUAGAAAAAUUACCAUCGUUCAGUGGUCUUAUCUAUCGCGGUGUUAACUGUAAUAUUUCAAGUAACUUCAUAAAAGGAAAAAAACUCACGUGGUGGGGCUUUAGUUCCUGCACACGAUCACUGGAUGUGUUGAACAGAGAAGAUUUCUUGGGGAAAAGUAGUCAAAGAACACUUUUCUAUAUUGAAUGUAUUAGUGGCAAAUCGAUUCAAAGCUAUUCGUAUUCUUCACCGAACGAUGAAGAAGUUCUUCUACUGCCUGGUACUGAGUUUCUGAUUACGAACAAAAAACGAACAAAGCGUGGUUUGAGUAUUGUUCAUCUCAGAGAGAUUCUAGCAAAGAGUCCUACGUCGCAUGACACUGAAAUUGUUGAUCUUAUUGAGAUGGCACCACCAGAUGAAGCCGAUUUUCGAGAGGAAACAAAACAAAAGAUGUGUGGACACGACUGCAAUCUAUGGGCAACACUGCGGUGUUGUAACUGUUCAGGUUUGUGUUUGUGA